AUGGGCAGAUCUUGCAGGCAAUAUUUGGCAAUUCUUUCUUGCAUUUUUGCUUUUUAUUUCUCCCUGUUCUGUGUUUCUCAAGGUAAAGAUACACUUGGAGUUAACGAAUCCGUACUUGUAUACCAUGGAGACUUAUUGGAGUCUUCCAACCAGCGUUUUCGGCUCACCAUCACUCAUCCCUAUAGCUGGUUAUGGUUCCUGGUGAUCCAAUACAUGUCCAUGCUUCGAUCAAUUGACGUCUGGGCCAGCGACAGCUACCAGACUCCAGCCAGCAAAGAGCCUGCAUUUUUAACCAUGAAUGCAGAUGGAAGGCUGGUUGUAUAUGACACUUCUCACAGUCCUGUAAUCGUUGUGAAUUCUGAACAGCCUAUUAUGAUUAGCAACACUACUGCAAUUUUACUUGACAACGGGAACCUGGUUUUGAGAGCACCUGGAGGGAAUACUGUCUGGCAAAGCUUUGACCAUCCGAGUAAUAAAUGGCUUCAAGGAAUGAAACUUGGGAUUUUGCAAUCAGGUACAAGAUUUCUAACUUCAUCACCAAGCUAUAACCAACCUUCUUCUACAUUAGGCGUCGAUUUGAAUAAUACCAGGGAGAUUACUAUUACGCAAGAUGGAGUGGUUUAUUGGAGAAGUGGGACAUGGGAUGGCCAAAAGCUCAGCUUUCUUGAUAUAUCGGAUAGUUUUGGUUUCAAUUUUUACUAUGUAUCCACUCCAAAUGAGACCUAUUUCACGUGGAAUAGUAGUACUGAUCCCUUUGCCUUACUAAUUUUUAGCGAAAGUGGGAAUAUUACAGUUAGUAGUGGGGAUUUUACCAAUGCACAGGUAUUGGCAGUUUGUGAUGUAAUCACUUACAGGACCACGAAAGAUCAGCCCAAAGGGUGUACGAAUUCUUGUGGCGUCGGUGAUGGAUUUAAGGAAAUAAUGGGUGACUUGGUUGCGUGGGAUGAAGUGUCCUAUAAUGACAAUGCUCUUCGCUUUUGUAAGUUGAGAUGCAGAAGAAACUGUUCGUGCUAUGCUUAUUCUAAUACUGCAUACGAUCAGGACGGUGUUGCUAUGGGCUGUAAAAUGGCUAUCAGACGACAUGGAAAACUUAUUUCUUCAAAUAAACAAACAAUUUUUGCCCGCGAAAGCUUUGUUUUGGAGAAAGGUUUAGAGAAGUUCCAGCAGCUUCAUGAAAAAAGGGAUGAUGAAUCAUCUGUUUUCGAGUUUACCAGCAUAGAAAUGGCAACAAAUAAUUUUUCUGAUGAAAACAAACUUGGUCAAGGAGGAUUUGGUCCAGUGUACAAGGGAAAGUUGUCUACUGGGCAAGAGAUUGCGGUGAAAAGAUUGAAAAUAAUGUCCGGCCAUGGAAUUGAGCAAUUCAAGAAUGAAGUGACAGUGAUCUCUAAGCUGCAACAUCGAAACCUUGUAAAACUUUUGGGAUACUGCAUUCAUGGGGAGGACCGGAUACUAGUUUAUGAGUACUUGCCCAAUGGUAGCUUGGAUUCAUUUAUUUUUGAUACUACAAAACGGGCAGUACUAGAUUGGAGAAGGCGUUCCAGUAUUAUUGAAGGGAUAGCUCAAGGGCUGUUGUACCUCCACAAGUAUUCCAGAUUAAAAAUCAUCCACAGAGAUCUCAAAACAAGCAAUGUUUUGUUGGAUAAUGACCUGAAUCCCAAGAUUUCUGAUUUUGGGACAGCAAGAAUUUUUGGAGAUGAUGAAUCACGUGCAAAUACAUUGAGAGUCGUUGGGACCUAUGGCUACAUGUCUCCUGAAUAUGCCAUGAAUGGCAUCAUCUCUGAGAAGUCUGAUGUUUACAGCUUCGGAGUCAUGAUGUUGGAGAUCGUGUGGGAUUUAUGGAAAGAAGGAAGGGUUUCGGACAUUGCAGAUCCUAGUUUUGGUGAGACAAUUGCCAUGCAUGAAAUUUCAAGAUAUGUUCAAGUUGGGCUGUUGUGUGGUGAAGAAAAUGCAGCCGACAGACCAACCAUGUCUGACGUUAUUUCCAUGCUAAAUGGAACACUAGUCAGUCUUCGUGUUCCAUAUCGACCGGCUUUUUCUGCUGCUACCGGCGGCCGGAACAAUGACAAUUUGGUUCGGAAUGCAGAACCUUGCUCCAACAAUACAUUUAACUAUUUAAGUUCUCUUUCGGGGCUCUUUCCCAAAUUGCAGUACAGUGAAGUAAUAGCGAAAAGCACCUGGGCUGCAGAAUAUUUGGCAAUCUUGUACUGCAUUUUUGCUUAUUAUUUCUCCCUGUUUUGUGUUUCUCAAGCUAGAGAUACGCUAGGCGUUAAUGAGUCCCUAGUUGUAUAUUAUGGAGACUUCUUGGAGUCUUCCAACCAGCGUUUUCAGCUCACCAUCACUCAUCCGCUUAGCUGGGCAUGGUACCUGACGGUUCUGUAUGUGUCUAUGCGUCAAACCAUCGACGCCUGGGCUAACGACAACUACCUGAUUCCUGCCAGAACUGAGCCCGCAUAUGUAACCAUGAAUCCUGAUGGAAAGCUAGUUGUGUAUGACAUUUCUCACAAUCAGCUGAUUGUUGCAAACUCUCAACAGCCUGUUUUCAUUAGCAACACGACUGCUACUUUACUCGAUAAUGGAAACCUGGUUUUGAGAGCUCCUGGAGGUAAUACUGUAUGGCAAAGUUUCGAUUAUCCUACCAAUAAAUGGCUUCAAGGCAUGAAACUUGGGGUUUUUGGAUCAAGCACAAUCCUUCUAACUUCAAGGCCAACAUUUGGGGAUCCUGCUUCUACAUUAGGAAUUAAUCCGAACAAUACAAAGGAAAUUGUUAUUAUGCAAGAUGGAGUGGUUUAUUGGCGGAGUGGGAUAUGGAAUGGCCAGAAUUUCAGCUUUCUUGAUAUCUCAGAUGAUUUUGGAUUGAAUUUUUACUACGUUUCAGAUUGGAACGAGACAUAUUUCACAUGGAACAGUAGCACUGAUCCCUAUGCCCUAUUCAUCCUUGCUGCAACUGGGCAAAUUCAUGUUAGUAGUGGGGACUUUACUGAUUCUCAAGCAUUGGCAGUUUGUGACAUGAUUGAUGGCAAGACCUGGAAAAAUCAGACCAUGGGGUGUACGAAUCCUUGUGGCGCUGGUGAUGGAUUUAAGGAAAUAAUGGGUGACUUGGACGCGUGGGAUGAAAUAUGGAAUAAUGACAAUGCCCUUCAUUAUUGUAAGUCGAUAUGCAGAAAAAACUGCUCGUGCUAUGCCUACUCUAAUACAACAUACGAUAACAAUGGUGUUGCGCUGGGCUGCAAAAUAGCUACGAGAAAGAAAGGAAAUCUUAUUUUUUCAGAUAAACAGAAACUUUUCGUCCGCGAAAGGUUUGUUUUGGUGAAAGAAGUCAGUCCACCUACCCAAUCACCUGAGCUUGCUCCAAGCCCUCCCUGGCGAAAAAAGAAAUCAGACGCAUGGAAAGUGAAGUUAUCUAUUGCUGCUGCAGCAGUAUUUCUCGGGGCUCUUGCGUUACUCUAUUUAUGUUGCAAUCUGCAAAGAAAAAUUCACCAUCAUGAAGAUACAUUAAACAAUAGUACUCAUGGGCCUGGGAACUUCCAGCUUCCUGAUGAGAGGGAUCAUGAAUUACCCCUUUUCGAAUUUAGCAUCAUAACAUUUGCGACUGAUCAGUUUUCUGAAGAAAACAAACUUGUCCAAGGAGAAUUUGGUUCUGUUUACAAGGGUAAGUUGCCUACUGGACAGGAGAUUGCGGUGAAAAGAUUGAAUAUAUUGUCUGGGCAUGGAAUUGAUAAACAAUUCGAGACCGAAGUUGCAGCGAUGUCUAAGCUGCAACACCGAAACCUUGUAAAACUUUUGGGAUACUCCAUUCAUGGAGAGGACCGGAUAUUAGUUUACGAGUACCUACCCAAUGGUAGCUUGGAUUCAUUUAUUUUUGAUGCUACAACACAGGGAGUACUUGAUUGGAAAAGGCGUUCGCAUAUUAUUGAAGGCAUAGCUCAAGGGCUGCUGUACCUCCACAAGUAUUCCAGACUAAGAAUCAUCCACAAGGAUCUCAAAACAAGCAAUGUCUUGCUGGACAAUAACCUGAAUCCCAAAAUUUCUGGUUUUGGGGCUGCAAAAGUUUUUGGAGAAGAUGAAUCACGUGCAAGUACAUUGAACAUUAUAGGGACAUAUGGUUACAUGUCUCCUGAGUAUGCAAUGAAUGGAAUAAUCUCUGAGAAGUCUGACGUUUAUAGCUUUGGAGUCAUGAUAUUGGAGACCAUAACUGGCAAGAAAGUCACUUCUGUCAAUGAUACAGAUGAUCGUUUUACCUUAGUCGGACAUGUGUGGGAUUUAUGGAAAGAAGGAAGGAUUUCAGACAUAGCAGAUCCCAGUCUAGGUGAAACAAUUCCCAUGCAUGAAAUAUCAAGAUGUGUUCAAGUUGGGCUGUUAUGCGUUGAAGAAAAUGCAGCAGAUAGACCAUGCAUGUCUGAUGUGAUUUCCAUGCUUAACAACCAAUUCCUAGUAGGCCUUCUUGUUCCAAAUCGACCUGCUUUUUCUGCCAGCACCGGCUGCCGAAACAAUGGCAACUUCGUUCAAAAUCCAGACUGCUCCAACAACUCAGUGACGAUUUCGGAUUUGGAGGCUCGAUGA